AUGGACAUGCAUUGGGCUCCUCUGUGUAUCGUCAAAAGGUCUCGUUCGCCGGCCACAGAGCCAAAAAAGCCGUAUCGAAAAGAGCCUGUCACGCCUAGUAGAAGUUCCUCUAUCAACUCAGACUCCCAGUUCAAUCACAUAGGCUCUACACUAUCUGCCUCUAUCACUCCACCCCUGGAAGGUCGACAAGCCUGCUUGGAAGUGCCCAAAGUCCGACGAAGUAGUGGAAAGUCAUGUUUGCAACCAAGAAAGAUGGGUCAAUUGCAUUCACAGUUGGACGAUGAUUCUAGGGUAGCGCUGGCAGGUGACGUGAGGGAACCAUGUCUCCUAGACCCGCGCACGAAGGCUGCAAUUCACAACCAUGGCCAAAACAAACAUGAUCACAAAGCACAACACAGAAUAUCUCACUUCUUCCACACACUAGACAAAAGACUCUCUAGCCUGUCAACUCAUGCUACAUCAAAGCGCUCUUUGAGCCAUACAAUAUCUCUUCGUUCCAAUAGCAGAGACAGCCAAUAUGCAAAGCUUGACUUCAAGAUGCAAAACUGUCCAGCUCCAAUCUCCACAGUGAGGAUGGAAAUGCAGACAGAGAAUUCCAUUCAAACUGCUCAAGACACCGAGCUUUACAUCCGUAUCGCCAUCACAGCGGAUGUGAAAUUGAUCACUGGGCCUUUUACUCAAUACAAUAAUUACAUCGAAGCAGUGGUCCUCCUUAAUAUUAUGACUGUACAAGACGUCGACAAAGUCAUCUCAAUGGCCCAGGUUGUAAUCGAUACCUUGAGGGCAGAAGAUUCUCUGGCAGUUGUCUGCGUCAACUCGGAGAAGAAUGAUUUCAUUGAAGUUCUGAUGCCGCUUUCUCAAGGUUCCAACGUUGAUCUCAGGCGCUUGAUGUCAGGGUAUAUCUCACUUGGUAGAGGGUUGUGGAAGGGUGGUUACGAUGGUAAUCUUCUAGGGGAUGCCAUUAACAAGGCUUCAGAGAUAUUGAUGUAUGAACAUCGAUUGAGACACGUUUUCUUGGUUUCCGUCAUUUGCGAUGGCAUGCUCGAUAUUGCUGAUCAUUCCUCGGUGGGAUUCUCUACUGUUACAACUAAUGACCGUCAUUACCUCGGAAUAAAUCCACGCCUUGGCUGGCAUGUUCAUUGCGAAAUGGAUGCUAAUGGUGUUGCCAUUUCGUCCCUCCAGCACAAACUUAACAAAGUCGUUCACCAUGUUCGCUCUGCUAUUGCUCCCGGUAAUAUCACUAGCCUUCAACUCGAGCUAUUUCCUGGACUAGGGUGCUUUCUACAGAGUCAACCAAAAAGGUCAUUGGAUUCACUUCGUCCAGGAGAAUGCUGGAAACUGAUAGUCAAGGUGAAAGCUUGUAAGGAACAUCAAAUCAAUCGUCUCGAGCAGGGUAUCAAAUCACUGCUUCGCUGCAAUGAUGCCGAGGAAGACGGAGAUGGCGCCAUUCUCUCGGCGAAGUUGGCUUUCAAACACUCCCUCUUGCCUUUUUGUUCACACAUGAUUGCUAAAUCCUGUCACGCCUCCGAGCAAUUGUUUUGACAUGAAGUAUGAAAAUUGGUUGGCAUAGCAGACUAGAAGGAAGAAGUGGUUCAUAUUGGUAACCCUGGAUUAUCAUUUAUUAUUUUAUCGAAUUGCCAGGAAGUUAUGGUCCAUUGCAUAGC